AUGGCGCAGGAUUAUUACAAGGUCGGAUUCUCUCCCCCAAAGAGCCUGCGACAAAGGGAUCAAGUGUCGGCUAACUAUUGGAAUUUCUCCCUGCAGUUACUGGACAUAGACCGGAAAGCCUCGGAUAGGGAUAUCAAACGAGCCUACCGAAAACUGUCGAAGAAAUACCAUCCCGAUAAGAACCCGUUAGUAACCCAUCACAUUUUUUUCGCCCGUCCUUCCUAGCUUCUAACGGUAACCAUACAGUGGCGACGAGACGGCAAAACAAAAGUUCGUUGAAGUAGCCGAAGCAUACGAGGCCCUCGCUGAUCCCGAAUCCCGCCAAAUAUACGACCAGUACGGUGCGGAGGGACUCAAGAAGCGACAAAAUGGUGGAGGAGGCGGAGGGCACCACGACCCAUUCGAUCUAUUUUCCCGAUUCUUCGGCGGCGGCGGACACUACCACCAGGGUGAUCGGGGCAUGCGCAAGGGUCCGAACAUGGAGGUCAAGGUGCACCUCCCUCUGCGCGAUUUCUACAAUGGCGCGGAGAAGGAGUUCACGGUUGAGAAGCAGAUGAUCUGCGAGGAGUGCGAGGGGACGGGAUCUCAUGACGGGCACAUGGAAUCCUGCAACGAGUGUGGUGGGCACGGGGUGCGUAUCAUCAAGCACAUGCUCGCGCCCGGGAUUUUCCAGCAGGUGCAGACUGUCUGCGAAAGGUGUGGUGGUAAGGGAAAGAUUAUUAGCCACCCUUGCAAGGUCUGCAACGGGAAUAAGGUUGUCAAGAAGGCUGCUACCCACUCGCUACACGUCGAGAAGGGCUCGCCGAAGGGUAUUCGCAUCAGUUUUGAAAACGAGGCGGACGAAAGUCCUGAAUGGGAGGCCGGAGACUUGAUCGUUCAUGUUGAUGAGAAGGGGGCCGACGACAACUUUGAAGAGGAGGAUGAGAAGUAUAAUUACAACGGCCCACCGGAUGGAACCUGGUUCCGCAGGCGUGGGAAGGACCUAUUCUGGAAGGAAGUCCUCUCCCUCCGAGAGGCCCUACUCGGCGGCUGGACUAGGGAAUUGGUCCACCUCGACGGCCACAAAGUCAAGCUCACCAGAAAGAAAGGCCAAACAAUCCAACCCGGCUUCGUAGAAAUUGUCCCCAACGAAGGAAUGCCAAUAUUCCGCAGCGAAAGCGGCGAUGAGCACGGCAACCUCCUGGUAGAGUACGUCGUCAUCCUGCCGGAUCAGAUGGAGAGUGGAAUGAGGAAGGAUAUCAACGCCGUCUUUGAAAAGUGGAGGAAGAAGAGCGGUGUUGAUUUGCACGCUGGGAAGGACGAGCUGUAGGAUCAUUUGAUUUUGUUGAUUUCUCAAGAAACCCUUUUUUCCUGAUUAUUCAUACCGGGCAAAUUAAUAUUAUGAUAGAUUGUUGGUUGGGCUGCCGGGAAGUGUAGUUAUAACUUUUUUUCUUUUUUUCUUUUCCUUUUACCCCGUCUUAUCGUUUUACCAAUUUGCGCACUUUUCUCAAGCAGUUUAGCCUCGGAAUGGAGCAGAUCGAGUGAUUA